AAUCUGAGCAGUCAAGCAGGACAUGGUUUUAAUCGUACAUGUUGCUUAAGUCUGUAUUUAGGGAAGUUGUGUUGGGAGCGUUUAUUUCUUUGUUUUACUUGCUGUUUUCAGGGAAUAACGUGCUACUUACAUUAGUGAAAAUCGUAAAACUAGUUCAUUUUAAAGAUUAACUGACUUAAUAUAACUGAGUAAUUUAAAAAAUACGGUUUUCUUAAGUGAAAGUAUAUGGUGAGAUAAUGAUGAUGUCAUACAUAGCAGUGUUGUUUAUACUACCGUGUGUUGCAGGUCUGCAGUGCCCGUCCUGCACGUACAUCAACACGCCAGCAAACAUACCAAGCGUCAUUCGGAGCAUCCUUGAAUCUAUACUGGGCCUCUUCCAAGAUGACAAAUGUACACGGCCUAUCAACGGACCAACCGCCGGGGUGAAUGAGAUGACUUGUGCCCCGCCCGAGGGUCAGGUUGCCCGCUGUAGUCACUACAAGGGAGAGCUGGUCGUAAAUGCAUAUUUCACUGAUUUACCAUUGAACAUUGACCAGAGGGGCUGUUACUAUUCCCUCCCUGCCAACGUCCCCUCAAACAAAUGUCACGAUCGUAACAACAUCAACGAGGACAAAACUUUCAUUAAACAGAUGUUGGACCGAGUGGCCUCCGGAUUUACCUCCUUUGACGCAGUGUCCUUUAAGGGGACAUUAUGCCUCUGCAGUGACACCUAUUGUGCUACAUCCGGUGCAAGCAAAGGAUUGAACGGCGGGAACUUGGGGCCCACAAUUAGCUUUAUUCUUUCAAUUAUCACUGUUUUGGUUGCAAUAAAUUUAAUCUGAACAUAUGAAUGACCAGUCUAGUUUCCAUUUUCUAUGUACUUCAAAUAUAAAGUGUAUCUGUUCAUUAAUUUCAAAUUGAUACAAUCAAUAUAAUUGCUUAUUUUAAAAUCGUGAAAUGUAACUACAUGCAACACUGAUUUUGAACUUAUCUACCUAGUGAGAAUGGGAAUAAAACCAUUGUUUAUUUGGGUAGAUCACCUCAUUGUUAAGGAGAGUGAAUCUCAUCGCCGCCGUUGUGAAGGAAUCCAGAGUAUUAGAAAUGUGCAGGCAAAAAUGAUAAGACUUGUGCAGACUAUAAGAUGAUUAAACUUGUGCAGACCAUAAGAUGAUUAGACUUGUGCAGACCAUAAGAUGAUAAGAAAUGAGCAGACCAGAAGAUGAAAAGAAAUGUGCAGACAAUAACAUAAUACGAACUGUGCAGACCUUAAAAUGAUAUAAUAUAUGCAGACUAUCAAUGAUAAUAAAUGUGCAGACCAUAAGAUGAUAAUAAAUUUGCAGACCAUAAGAUGAUAAGAAUUGUGCAGACCAUAAGAUGAUUUGGCUAUUAUCCCAGUUAUUGACCUUUUAUUAGUAUUGUAACAAAGGUGCAUGUAUGUGUUUAUGUAGUCUAAGGCAUCAGACACAUUAUAAUGAGGUUUAUUAGGUUAAGUGAAUGUAAAAUUCAUAACCAAAAUCAUGUUUGGCCACGAAAUAUUUCAAAAUGUUUCAUUCAAGUGAUUUCAGUUGAAGCUGAAACAACAAAAUACAAACUGCAAUAACUUAAAAUCAUAGGAACUUUUGUCAUUAAAUUUGCAUAUUAGCAAUAAGCUUGGAGUAGGAUUAUAUGCUAUUGGUUCAAGCUGUAAGUUAGCAAUUUCUUUUCAAAUGACAGCAAAACUAUAUGGGGCACAGGCAUAAAAAUACCACACAAUAAUUAAUGGAAACAUUUGUGUUAUUGUUGGUCGGAUACGAUAUGUCUUUAAUCUUUAAUACAGAUAUUGGAUGAUGUUAUGUUCUUUAAGAUUCUUGUUAAGUACUUUUUUUGAUAUUCUAAUAAACAAUUGAAAAAUCA